AAAGAAAGGAAAUCGCCAAGCAGAGAAUAAGAAGAUAACAGACGAACAAGAGUUUUGAUUUUGUCUCUGUGACUUGUGUCUGUUUCAUAACGAGUCAUGUCAGAAACUCAGCAGCAGGUUCAGAACUCUACUGGGUCGAUUCGAUCUCCCCAGAAAAUUCAAGAUACCUUCAGGAGGAUGAAAGUUGAUGAAGACAAUAUGGAGCAAUCUAGUCCAUACCCUGAUCGUCCCGGUGAGCGAGAUUGUCAGUUCUUUCUGAGAACUGGGCAGUGUGGCUAUGGAAACACCUGUCGGUACAAUCACCCUCUUACUCAUCUUCCACAGGGUGUUAUUUAUUACAAAGACCAAUUGCCUGAGAGGAUUGGACAGCCUGACUGUGAGUAUUUUCUGAAGACAGGAGCCUGUAAGUAUGGCCCAACAUGUAAAUAUCACCACCCAAAGGACAGGAAUGGUGCUGGACCCGUGCUGUUCAAUGUUCUCGGUUUUCCUAUGCGACAGGGUGAGAAGUCCUGCCCAUAUUACAUGCAGACAGGAUUGUGUCGAUUCGGGGUUGCCUGCAAAUUCCAUCAUCCUCAUCCUCAGCCUUCUAAUGGCCACUCUGCAUAUGCAAUGUCCAGCUUUCAGUCUGUUGGUUUUCCUUAUGCCAGUGGAAUGACAAUGGUGUCUUUGCCUCCUGCAACAUAUGGAGCUAUGGCACGUCCUCAAGUUCCUCAGUCUCAGGCCUAUAUGCCCUUCAUGGUUGCACCUUCCCAAGGCCUUUUGCCUCCUCAAGGCUGGGCCACUUACAUGGCUGCAUCUAACCCCAUUUACAGUGUGAAAGCUCAACCUGACUCCAGUUCUAGUGCGUCGGUGCCUGUGGCCGUGACAUCACAUUAUCACAGUUUUUCUGAAAGAGCUGAAUGUAGGUUUUUUAUGAACACCGGAACGUGUAAAUAUGGAGAUGAUUGCAAAUACAGUCAUCCGAAAGAAAGGUUGUUACAAUCACCACCAAAUCUCUUGAACCCUAUUGUUCUUCCCGCGAGACCAGGACAACCAGCAUGUGGUAACUUCAAGGCCUACGGAUUCUGCAAGUUUGGAGCAAGCUGCAAAUUUGAUCACUCAAUGCCACUAAACCCUUAUAACAAUACGGGCUUGGCCAUGUCUUCUCUGCCUACUCCUAAUCCUUAUGCUCCACCUGUUUCAACUAAUCUGAGGAUCUCAUCGCCACCAAGCCCCCCUGAUUCGACUACCCUAUCCAAUGGUAAACCCGCUGCUGCAGAGACUCAAAGCUUGGAGACUGAGAAACAAGAGGAUAGUCCAGCACAGCCAGAAAAGUCAGAAGUGCAGGACUCAUUGCCACCAAGCCGCUCUGAUUCAACCUCCCUGCCCAAUGGUAAACCUGAUUCUGAGAAUCCAAGUUCAGAGAAUGAGAAACAAGACGAUAAUACUGCACAACAGGACAGCACAAAAAAUCCUCUCUUUAGGACAGAGACUUCGCCUAGAAAGGGUAACAAAGAAAACGAAACGAGCUCUGAUGCUGAUGUGUCACGAUAUGAUUGUGCUCUUUAUGGAUCUUCGUCACCUGUGGUUCAGCUCACUGCUUCUAACUUCAAGUCCAAGGUUCUUAAUUCAAAUGGAGUUGUUUUGGUAGAGUUUUUUGCACCAUGGUGUGGUCAUUGCAAAGCUUUAACACCUACAUGGGAGAAAGUGGCUAAUAUUCUCAAAGGAGUUGCUACUGUGGCAGCAAUUGACGCAGAUGCUCACCAGUCUGCCGCUCAGGAUUAUGGUAUCAAAGGUUUCCCAACUAUUAAGGUCUUUGUUCCUGGAAAGGCUCCAAUUGAUUACCAAGGAGAAAGAGAUGCUAAAUCCAUUGCUAAUUUUGCUUACAAGCAGAUCAAGGGUCUUUUGAGUGACCGUUUGGAAGGCAAAAGUAAACCAACUGGAGGAGGAUCUAAGGAAAAGAAAUCUGAACCUAGUGCAUCUGUGGAACUGAACGCUGGCAAUUUUGAUGAGUUGGUCAUUGAAAGCAAUGAACUUUGGAUCGUUGAGUUUUUUGCACCUUGGUGUGGACACUGCAAAAAGCUUUCCCCGGAGUGGAAAAAGGCUGCAAAAAAUUUGCAGGGAAAGGUGAAACUAGGUCAUGUCAAUUGCGAUGUUGAGCAGUCAAUAAUGAGCAGAUUCAAAGUGCAAGGAUUCCCUACAAUUUUGGUAUUUGGUCUAGACAAAAGCAGUCCAUAUCCUUAUGAGGGUGCCAGGUCUGCGUCAGCGAUAGAAUCUUUUGCUUCUGAACUUGUGGAAUCCAGUGCUGGCCCUGUUGAAGUAACUGAACUAACUGGGCCGGAUGUCAUGGAAAAGAAGUGUGGUUCUGCUGCUAUUUGCUUUAUCUCUUUCUUACCUGACAUUCUUGACUCCAAAGCUGAAGGAAGGAACAAGUACCUCGAGAUGUUAUUAUCAGUUGCAGAGAAGUUUAAGAAGCAUCCUUACAGUUUUAUGUGGGUGGCGGCGGUAACUCAACCGGAUUUGGAGAAGCGAGUUAAUGUGGGGGGAUACGGUUAUCCAGCAAUGGUAGCCAUGAAUGUGAAGAAAGGAGUAUAUGCUCCUCUUAAAAGCGCCUUUGAGCUUCAACACCUCUUAGAAUUUGUCAAAGAUGCUGGGACCGGUGGGAAAGGAAAUGUGCCAAUGAAUGGAACACCAGAGAUCGUGAAGACAAAGGCAUGGGAUGGUAAAGAUGGAGAGCUGAUUGAGGAAGAUGAAUUCUCACUUGAUGAACUCAUGGGAGGUGAUGAUGCUGUUGGUCCCAAGGAUGAGUUGUGAAGAAUCCAAGUUGGUGAUGAUGGAUUUUACUACUUUUGGGAUCCUUGAAUGUAUUUCACCCUUUAAUGUUUUCCAAAAGAAAGCAAGAGCAUUUCAAUUUUCAAGAGAUAGGAACAUGUCUGGAUUUUGUAUUACGAUAGACACAUAACACAGAAUCUUUACUGGAGUGAUAUUAGAGUUCAUUGCUCGAAAUAAUUUUUCAGUGGAGUU